GCCGCAGCAGCCGAAUUGUUGAUAUUCUUGUUUGCCAAUUAUUGCCAUGAUUUAAAUUCGUUUUGUCAAUAAAACUGUGGUUAAAAACAAAUAUGUAACACCUAAAAUAAAGCUCUAUGUUCUAAGUUAGCGGACAGCCGCAGUACUUGGGUGUUACAAUGUCUAUACCUCCAGUAAAUUUCACCGUUCCGCCGCCGCACUUAGGAGUUCCUCCGCCAAUCACACCAGUUGCGGGGCCAUCUUGGGACGACCCGCCUCUUCCACCUCCCAUUUACAACCAUCCUCCCCCAUUUCCGCCGCAAAACGUUCCGGUAGAAUUUCCCCAUCCCUACUUGCCUCCGGUUCCAUUGAACGUUCCUCCUCCGACUCACUAUCCGCCACCAGCACCUACCUAUACACCCCAUGGGGCGCAUAGCUACCCAUACCCAGAUGCACGUUACCAGAGCCCCAGACAUCCCUAUGAAAAACAUGCUCCUAGACAUUCUUCAUGGGAACCUAAAUCCGCGUCCGAGAGCUUCGAUCCAAGCAAAAGUCUACGAAGGCGAUAUUCCCCUUCAGAGAGGAGACACGAGAGAGACAGAAGUUACGAGAGGGAGAGAAGAGCCAAGGAACAUAGACAUAGAGAAUAUUAUAGAUCAAGCCGGAGCCCGAGUUCUAGUCGUAGACAUAGCAGAAGUCCUUCGAGACACAGCUACAGAGAUAAAGAGGAUUAUUACAGAGAGAAAUAUUAUAGAGACAGAGAGAGAUAUUAUGAGGAGAGAAGGAGACACGAAUAUGAAAGAAGAAGGAGUCCAUCUCAUUACAGUGAUCACAGAAGAAGUCACAGUAGGAGCUAUGACAGGAGGCACUACAGAUCUCCGGAGCGCAGACACUCACGGCAUCCGGAACCUCACUACUCACACAGUAGACACAGAUCUCCAUCCUCCAGAAGCAGAUCUGAAACACAGAAGCCCAUGACUGAUAGAGAAAAAAUAUUAGAGGAUUUUAAGAAAAACUACUGUAAGACAUCAGAAGACUUUAUAAGAAAGAUGGAGAAAUGGUCUAAAGAACACAAUUCAGAUGAGGAAGAAAAUCCAAAAAUGUGGUACCGAAGUUCACCAGCGGAACUUUACUACAAAGCAAUAGAAAGAGGUGUGGAGCAAACAAACAAAUUGGAGAAAAUAUGUGAGAAGUUCCACAAAACAUUAAUAGAAAGGGGAAGGAAUGCCAGACCAGAGAAAGAUGAAUUGCCUCCACUGAAGUUGAAAAGUAAAGUGUGCAAGCAUGGAAUGGAUGACAAGAGUUCAUCGUCGUCUUCGUCGGAAAGUGAUGGAUGUAUUGAUGACGAAAGCUUACAGGGCUACACUGAUAGGAUUUUGCUGGAGCUACAACGUAAACAAAGUCAUCCAAGAAGACUACACCCAGAACUAUGGUUUAACAACACGGGCGAGAUGAACGGCGGUCCACUAUGUCGGUGCAGCGCACGCGCCCGUCGCUACGGCAUACCCCACGGCGUAUACGCCGGCGAAACUAAAUACCCCAAGUGUGUGCCCACACAGAGUAAUAUCGACAGGCUGUAUCAUUAUCGGAUAACAGUGUCACCGCCAACCAACUUCCUCAUUAAGGCUCCAACCAUCAUCGCUCAUGAUGAGCACGAGUUUCUAUUCUCUGGUUUCUCCAUGUUCUCCCACUAUAAGCUGGCUAAGCUGCCCAAAUGUAAAGUGAUCAGGUUCAACAUAGAGUAUACCAUCUUGUAUGUUGAAGAACCAGCACCACAGAAUUUCACUAUACAGGAGCUUGAUAUGUUUGAAGAGUAUCUGUUCACCGAGCUGCUGGAGCUGAUAGACCUGGACCUGGGCAAGUCCACCGACACCACCUGCUCGCAGUUCCACUUCAUGCCGCGCUUUGUGAGGUUCCUUCCUGAGGGGGGAUGCGAGGUGCUGUCAAUGUGUGAGGUGCUAAAAUAUUUGAUCAGCGAAAGCGGGCCGCUGAUACCCCGCGAGACGCUGCCCCGAGUACACGAGAUGGACCACUACAGCUGGCAGAAGUUCGUAGAUAGGAUCAAAGGCAUGAUAGUAACAUACCCCGGCAAGAAACCAUGCUCGGUGCGGGUUGACCAGGUUGAUCGGAGCCCGCCUACCGCUGACAAGAACAGCGAAGAGGCCAAGAGUUACUAUCCUGAGAUUGUGCACUUCGGUAUACGCCCACCGCAGCUGAGCUACGCUGGUAAUCCUGAGUAUCAGAAAGCAUGGCGGUACUACGUGAAAUGCCGUCAUCUAAUAGCCAACAUGGCUAAACCGUCCUUCGAGGAGAGGCAGAAGUUAGCAGCUAAAGAAGCAAAACUUCAAGAAAUGAGAACUCAAAGUAAGAUGAAACGGGAUGUGACCGUUGCGAUAUCGUCCGAGGGCUUCCAUACUACGGGACUGAUGUGCGAUGUCGUGCAGCAUGCAAUGCUUAUCCCAGUUUUAGUACGACAUCUUCGUUUCCACAAAUCCCUAGACUGUUUGGAGGAGAAAAUCGGAUACGUGUUCAAACAGCGGUCCUUACUUCAGACGGCAUUUACUCAUCCGUCAUAUAGAGAGACAUUCGGUACUAACCCAGAUCACGCUAGGAAUAGUUUGACCAACUGUGGGAUAAGGCAGCCCGAGUAUGGUGAUAGGAGGAUACAUUAUACGAGAAAGAAGGGUAUUGUCACCCUAAUAAACAUAAUGUCUCGGUUCGGAAAAUUAAGCGAGACAGAAUCCGAGAUUAAACAUAAUGAGAGGCUCGAGUUUCUUGGAGAUGCGGUAGUGGAGUUCAUAUCGUCUAUACACCUGUUCCGAAUGUUCCCCGGGCUGGCUGAAGGAGGUUUGGCGACUUAUAGAGCGUCCAUAGUCCAAAAUCAGCAUUUGGCGCAGUUGGCUAAGAACAUAGGUCUAGAACAGUACAUGUUAUACGCACACGGGGCUGACCUCUGUCGCGAGGUGGUGAUGAGGCACGCCAUGGCUAACUGCUUCGAAGCGUUAAUGGGAGCGCUGUUCUUGGACGGAGGAUUGGAGAUAACAGACCGAGUAUUCAGUCUAGCUCUUUGGCACAACGAACCUGAUCUUCUCGAGGUAUGGAGCAGAGAGCGACCACAUCCGUUGCAAGAACAAGAACCGUUGGGAGAUAGACAUUAUAUCAAGGACUUUGAGUUCCUGCAGCGGCUUACUAAAUUCGAGGAUUCUAUAGGUGUACAAUUCAAGCACAUUCGUCUCCUGGCUCGCGCGUUCACGGACCGCUCCGUGGGCUUCACCCAUCUCACCAUGGGCUCCAACCAGCGGCUGGAGUUUCUGGGUGACACUGUUCUGCAACUGGUGGUGUCUGACCGCCUGUACCGACACUUCCCUGAUCAUCAUGAGGGACAUUUAUCCUUGCUGCGUUCAUCGCUGGUCAACAAUCGCACGCAGUCUAUGGUGUGUGAUGACCUUGAUAUGUCCACGUACGCCAUCUAUAACAAUCCAAAAUCCAAGCCCACAACCAAGAAACACAAGGCCGAUCUGCUUGAGGCUUUCCUGGGUGCGCUUUAUAUUGACAAGAACCUGGAGUACUGCCAGGUGUUCUGCAACGCGUGCCUGUUCCCGCGACUCCAGGAGUUUAUCCUCAAUCAGGACUGGAACGACCCCAAGUCGAAGCUGCAGCAGUGCUGUCUUACUCUGCGAUCUAUGGAGGGCGGGGAACCCGAUAUACCUAUGUACAAGGUGAUCGAGUGCCUGGGUCCGACGAACACGCGCGUGUACACCGUCGGCGUAUACUUCCGCGGUCAGCGGCUGGCGGCCGCGCGCGGACACUCCAUACAGGAGGCCGAGAUGAACGCCGCGGAGACCGCGUUGAGCGCCGCGCACGAAUUAUUCCCGCAACUGGACCAUCAAAAGCGCGUCAUCGCGAAGAGCAUUCGAAAGAAGAAAAAUCAUCCAAACAACCGGUACUCGUUACUAGACAAAAUGGAGUCAAAACGCAAAGCGAUGAGAGAGAAUAUGCCUAAGGCUUACAGACUCGACUCUAGAGCCAGUUCGGAGGAGAGUAGCGUUCACGAGGUUUCCGAUAUCGAAGAGGCGCCUCCGACAAAUAAAUCGGACGACGAUUCCGGAUGCGACGCGGAAUCAGAAGCGGAAGAAGGGGAAGAAGACAAGCUAGAAAACGUUCAAGUGUCAAGUCUGCUAAAUGACAUGCAAAGAAUCAAGGAAGAUUUCAUCAAACGCAACGAGUAUGAAAAACUUAAGGAGAAAUGUAGGAAUUCUGACUCGGAUAAUUAGAUUUAAGUGAAUGUAUAAUCGUAGAUAAAUGUAUAAAUUAUUAAUUU